AUGUUCUUCUGUCCCUUCUGCGGUACGCUACUUCUGAAUGAGCCACAUUACCCCACCAAUCGCUUUACGUGCUCCAGCUGCACGUAUGUGGCCCCCAUCCUCUCAUCGCAGCCGCUCACGGUGAACCACUCCCUGUUGAAGUACAACAAGGUGGUGGAGGAUGACAGCGGCGCUGCCGGGGCUGGUGCCAAACAGGAGUGCGUCAAGAAGGAGGAGGUGGCGGAGGAAGAUGUGGUUGGUGGGCAGGUGAUCACAGUGCGUUGCCAGAAUGAGGCAUGUGAUGGAAACCGGGCGCAAUAUAUGCAGAUUCAAAUGCGUUCCGCGGACGAGCCGGCGACAACGUUCUUCAAGUGCUUGAAGUGUGGCCUUCAGUGGAGGCAAGACUGA